AUGUUGAUGUCUGUUUUUUACGUCGGAUUGAAGCUAUCAUGUUACGAGACACAGCAGCACGACCAUUGCAAUCUUGUCAGUAAAUUUGGAGUGCUGAUUAUUAUAGAAAUAUUAGUCAACCUAGUGCUAUUCCAAUAUUACUCACGUCAUAACUGCGUAUCUCACUGGCAACGGCAAGCAUGUGUAGCUGGUUUGUGCAGAAAUGCAAUAAACAUAGACGAACUAGUAUGGUUAGAAGAGGAUGAGGAGGACAUUGAUCCAGCGUAUUUCUCACGAUUUUGCAGUGUAUGCAAUCGCGAUGCUCCAAUUCGAGCCACAUGCCUAUUUGUAAAAUUUGUGUUCUUCGGAAAGACCAUCAUUGCUUUAUUACUGGCGCUUGUGUUGGACUCGGAAAUCAACUUCCCAUUAGGGUUCAUGUAUUGUGUUGGUCCAGUUGCCGUGAUACGAUGGAUCAUGGGUUAUACAACUUUUCUACAUGCCUUUGUGUGUACAGUAUUUUCCUUCAUGCUUGCUAGUAUAGUAGCAGCUGGAGCAUUUUUUGGAAUGCAGAUUUAUUACACGAGCUAUGGUUACACAAUGUAUGAGUAUCAUAGCAGUGUAAGGGACGCGUUCGACGGUGAUGGGUGA